AUGAAAGAUUAUACCAUCCGUAGAGGUGUAGACUAUCAGAUUUAUGAGUCGGAACCGACGACAUUCUAUGCUAAAUGUACACACUAUGGUAAAGGUUGUGAUUGGCUUAUCAGGAUUACGAAAAUGCAGAAGAAGUACUAUUGGGAGAUAAGGAGGUACAAUGGUAGUCACACUUGUACCAGGUCGACAAUUUCUCAAGACCAUUCGAAACUGGAUUCCAAGACAGUUGCAGAAGCAAUUAAGCCGUUGGUAGAGGUUGACCCAUCUUUAAAGGUGAAAUCAGUCAUUGCGGAAGUCCAGUCAAAGUUUAACUACACCAUCAGCUAUCGGAAAGCUUGGUUAGCAAAGCAGAAGGCGAUUGAGUCCAUUUUCGGAGGUUAUGAAUUGUAUGAAGCUUUGCCCAUAUGGUUUGAGGCCAUGUGUCACAAGGAGCCGUUAGCAGUGGUUCACUUUGAAACAAUGCCUGCGUACCAGGGGGAUGAUUUAGUUCAUGAUAUCCGUGUACUACAUAGAGUCUUUUGGAGUUAUUACCCUUGUAUUAGGGCCUUCAGACAUUGCAAGCCAAUAGUGCAGGUGGACGAGACUCAUUUAUAUGAAAAAUACAAGGGUCGUUUGUCAGCUAUUGCUCAAAGUAAUGGAGCUUGGUCUCCUCUUAUAGCUUUCCAUAUGUUUUGUAUCCGGCAUAUUGAGUCGAACUUCCUGAGGAAGUUCAAGGCACCUUACUUGCAAAAACUUAUCGUCAAUAUCGGAUAUUUGAGGACGAUUUGGGAGUACCAGAUGCGCUAUAAACGAUUAAAAGAAUGGGGUAUGGCCUACACCAACUGGCUUGACCGUAUCCCACGUGAGCAGUAUGCUUUGGCAUUUGAUGGUGGAUACAGAUGGGGUCAUAUGACCACCAAUCUUGUGGAGUGCAUCAACUUCGUCUUGAAGGGUGCACGCAAUCUCCCGGUCACUGCGCUUGUUAAGGCUACAUUUUACAGUCUGAAUGAGUUGUUCACUAGGAAAAGAGCCGAGGCUGAGGCUCGAAUUAAUGCUGGACAUGUGUUCUCUGAGAUGUUGACCUACGCCAACAACAGUGCGACUGUGGUGAAUUCUAAGUUGACCGAAUUCCGCGUCGACAUACGGGUAGCCAAAGGUCGGCCUAAGAUGACCCGCUUCUUGAAUGAGAUGGACACUCGCAUGUUGCGUGGUCCUAGGAGAUGCAAGCAAUGCGGUGUCGAGGGUCACAACCGUAAUAGAUGUCGUCAACGUGGUAGUCCAAGUGCGGGGGCACCUGGAGAGUAG